AUGGACUCAAACUCAUUCACAUAUUCAUGGCUCAAGAUCAUCACCUACAAUGGUCAUGCCUUGUUGAGGCACCUGAGCUGGAGCCUUAUCUCUUUGGGUGUCCCCAAAGGACGCCAAACCCGCGUUAUUUGCCUCGCUGAUACCCAUUCGCAGCGGUGUGAUAUUCCAUAUGGCGAACUGCUGAUACAUGCAGGUGAUCUGAGCCAGAACGGAAGUGCAACGGAAAUUCAAGAAAUCAUCGAUUGGCUCAAGUCACUUCCGCAUAAACAUAAAGUGGUUGUGGCUGGAAAUAGCGAUCGUUUCUUUGAUGCUCGCUCUCGAUUGCCAGAGGACAUGUCGACAAUUGGUCUCUCUUCCGGCAGCGAAGAAAAAAAGAGCCUGCCAAAUCAAGUCGACGUACCAUUCGAUUGGGGCGAGAUACAUUACCUCCAGGGAACUUCUGUGACUGUUGAUUGUUCCGGCAUCUCUUCUACUAUCCCGAGAUACAUUAACAUCUAUGGCGCACCAUUUGCCCCGGAGUGUGGCCCUAAUACUGAGAAUGCCUUCCAGUAUCCAGUGAGCCAUAAUCCGUGGGCUGGCAAGAUUCCUGAGUCCACUGAUAUUCUGGUCACACAUACGCCGCCUAAGUUUCACCGGGACUGGUAUUACGAGUCUCCAGAAGGAUGCCCCUGGUUACUUCAAGAGUUGUGGAAAGUCCGACCAUUGCUGCAUGUGUUUGGCCAUGUGCAUACUUCGUAUGGGACAGAGCGUGUUGUUUGGAAUGAUGGCGAGUCGAGAUGGGAGGAAUUCUGCUCAGACCUUCAAAAACUACCGAGUCAGGAUGGGCGGCCUAUUACACUUGCCAGUAUUUUCCGACCCAAAUUAUGGCUAGAUGCAGCGAUGGUGAUGUUAUGUGGAUUACGGGGUCUACUUACCAUUGCCUGGAGACGUCCUGAACGGCAAUCUACCCUUAUGGUAAAUGCUGCAUGUAUGAGCGAUGACGGGCAUCUAGGAAACGGCCCUCACAUGAUAAUAUUAUAA